AUGAGAUUUUUCUUAAAGAAUUUGUGCACCAACAAGCGGAAGUUGAAGGGCGACGAAUGCAUCGUUGCAAGUGAGAAUGUCUCGGCACUACUCCAAAGAAAGAUUCCACUGAAGUGUGAAAACCUAGGUAUGUUCACUAUCCCAUGUAAAAUAGAGCAAUUAGAAGUCAAGUGUGCUAUGUUAGAUUUAGGUGUGGAAAUUAAUGUCAUGCCAAAAUCAAUUUAUAAUUGUUUGAAUCUUGCACCACUAAAGAAUACUGGGAUAAUUAUUCAACUUGCUAAUAGGACACAUGCAUAUCCUGGAGAAAUUAUAGACAACGUCCUCGUCCAAGUUAAUGAUUUGAUUUUUCCGAUCGACUUCUAUGUUUUGGAAAUGCAUGAUGAACAUUCAACCAAUCCAUCACCAUUACUCUUAGGGAGACCUUUCAUGUGUACGGUGGAUACUAAGAUUGAUGUAAAGCAUGAUAGUUUGACGAUGGAAUUUGAUGAAGAAAGAAUUGAAUUUAAAAUUUUUGAUGCGAUUGAACAUCCCCCAGAUUCUUACUUUGUUUUCUCGUUAGAUGUCAUUGACUUUGAAGUGCAUGAUGCUUUGGAGGUAAGAGGCAAGGAGGCACUGGAAGUGAUUUUUCACAAGUAUGCCCAUGCUCAUUUAUUCCUUCCCGAGACUAAUACACGUUUAUUGCCAUUGAUUAUGCUGCCACCGGAGUUGGAAUUAAAGACGCAACUGAAUUACUUGAAAUAUUCUCAUUUAGGAGACUGUGAGAUACUACCAGUGAUCAUUUCAUCUACAAUGAUAAAAGUUAGAAGGAACGAGUUGAAGAACGAUACAAAGUAUUACAUGUGA